AUGUCCAUCCUCAGCUCCAUCAAGCGUGCUCGCGAUCACAAGGACGCUGGCAAGAUCAAGGAAGUCGAACAGUCCAAACCCAUCAAGCCUACCCAGCCUUAUCGCCAUGUUCCCACCCACGCUGCCUGCGACUCUGUGAGCAGCGGCCCAGGCGGUGCUCUUCGCCAUGAUCGCACCAAGAUUCGUGCCGAGAACCGCAAGCGCACUGCAAAGGCCGUCGCCGAAACCAUACACGACAACCAGGCCAUCCAGAUGAACUUUCCCGGCUCGGCUACCUCGUCGCCCUUCACCAGCGGCAGUGCCAGCACCGCCUACCAGGCCAGCGAGGCUGACUACGAGGGUGACAUCAGCCCUAGAAGCCAGUCUCCCGUGCAGGCAUAUGGCUUUUCUCCUGCUCCUCUCUUCCCUCAGCCACCCUCUCUGAAGGGCAAGGAAGUUGUCCGGGACUCUCAGUUCGGCAUGUCAUACUCUGUGUCUCCUGACCCCCGAGACCGCUUGGCUCAGCGCUUCCAAACCGGUGUCAUGAUCUGA